AUGGCAACCUCGCCUGCGGCCGGUGGGUCUGUCUCUCCUCGCCUUAUCGCCCUCGCAGCGUCGAAACGAUGGGCAGAGUUCCUCGCGCGAACGGACGUGCUCGCGGCCCAGAUUUCUUCUGCGCGCGAGGCACGGGACGCAAAUGCUUCGGCAGAAAAGGCGAUGUCUACAGCCGCCCUAGAGAAGUCGAGCGCGCCCUAUGGAGAACUGGAAGAAACCGAGCCGAAGACAGGCAACACUGUGGCGCACUAUGCCGCCGCAGCGGGGAGCGUGGAGGCGCUUCAGAGGCUUCUGUCUUUGACUAAGGGGAAGGAGCAAGAGCCCGAGAGUGCGGACUGCGGGACAUCGGCCGCGUGUGGAAACGGCGAGAGACACAUGAAUCGCUUUGGAGUUCUACGAGCAAAAAAUAGCUCCAAUCGGACGCCGCUGUCCCUGCUCGAAAUGGAGAUGGCGCAGGUGAAAAGCCGGUUGGAGGAUCACCUCGACGAGUCCCCAGAAAAGGAGAAAAACGCCGCCAAGUUGAAGGAGAAACUGGAAACCCUGGAAACAGCGAAAGCGUGGCUCUUGCGCAACUGCUAUUCCGCAACCGAACGCCUCUUCUACGGCGAAGGCUCGUACGACGAGAUGGUCAAGGAAUUUUCUGCGGACCCAUCAGGCCUCUACGAGCGACUCGAGUUUUACAACGACAUGCCUUACCCCUUUCUGUGCGUGGAGGAGAAUGAUCGCCAGAAACUCGCCUGGAUCGCGUCGCAGCAUUUCCCUACACCGGCCGCUUCGUCCGGUGCCUCGACUCCGGCGUCGCCUCUCGAACUGCGCGACGACGAAGGAAACACACUGCUUCACCUGGUUCACUUUGAAGUCAAUCUCGGCACUCUGUCCGACGAAGAAGAUGAAGAAGACGAAGAAGACACAGAAGACGCCGGAAAGCCAAGAAAUUUCAGAGCAGGCAAGGACGCAGGCGCCGAUGAGGACGCGGACGAAGACAGAAAGCGAGAGGACGAAGACGGAACGAACCCGACUUCAUCGUCUGACGAAGACGAGAAGAAAAACCAGGAGUGUUUGGCGAUCAUUGGCGGUUCCGUGUUGAAAGCACUCACGCAGUCGGACAAAGACACACUCUUGACGCUGAAUUUGCUCCUCAGCUAUCCCCUCGUGAAGAACUUUGUCAACACGCCGAACAACCACGGUCAAACCCCGGCGCACUUCAUCGUCGAGGACGCCCCAUCCGGCGAUGCGGCACAAGCAGCUCUGAUUCUCCUCGUCAACGCAGGCGCAGAUUUGAAUGUCAAGGAUAAAACUGGCCGUACUCCCUUCAUGGCGCUCUGUGGAACGCACGGAGACGGACCCUGGGUCUCCUGGGCUCAGAAGCCCAGAAAGGAAGGUGGCGGCGGGGCUGAUUUUCUUCUUAAAGAUGACGAAGGCCGAACGUUCAAGGAGUACAUCGAGAUGGGAGAGGAGGACGAAGACGACUGCUGGGAUGAUGACUCGGAUGAAGAAGACUAA